GGCAUAGUUGCACAUGCCUUCUAUCCCCGUGAUGGUCGACUACACUUCGAUGCAGACGAAGACUGGAGUUUAAAUUCUCCAACUGGAGUGAACCUAUACCAGGUAGUCUCAACCGCUGUUCACGAAAUUGGCCAUGUACUUGGUUUGGAGCACUCUGUAGAUCCACAAGCAGUAAUGUUCUCAGCGCGAAGGCCGUACGAUCCAGACUUUGCUUUGGGAUUUGCGCACAACAUCAAGUACUGUCCUGCAGCAGCUGUGUACAUCGUAUCCCAAUGUAAAGUCAGCAGAAAACGACGUAUGUAA